AUGGCGAAGAAAAGUGUUGUCCGCGCUAAAACCAUCGUUGUCUUUGGUGCAAUGGGCGUCGGAAAAUGUUCCCUCGUUAACCUCAUUGCAGGCAAACGCAUCGCUGAAACUGGCUCUGAUCUCAAGUGUUGCACAUUCACGUGGACCAAAUACGAGUUACCCAACCUCCUUGGUGAUGGGGAGCAAUAUAAUCUCUUCGACACGAUGGGCAUUGAGAACCCAUAA